AUGCCUCUCGGGGUACCUCGUCCUCUGUUUUUCGCUGCGUUGAGCGGUCUGGUCUUUGCCAUCUCCAAGGGAGCGAUCCACAAUCCGCUGCAAGCCUUCUUCAAUGCUCCCAUCACUGACAUCGUCAACGAAGACCUUCGGAUCGUCAAUUCUACUUGCGAGGUUCUCACGAGGGCCGUGUCAGCUGCGUCCGACGUGUACUUCCCUGGUACUGUCGGGUAUGAUAUUGGAGUCAGACACUGGGUUGAGUCGAGCACACAACCUAGUACGUGCACUGUUGAACCGGGGAGCGUUGAAGAUAUUGGAAUCAUCCUUCAAAUCCUGGGUUGGACACAGACACCGUUUGCCAUCAAGGGCGGAGGACACUCCUAUAACCCUGACUUUUCCUCUACGACUGGCGUUCAAAUAGCCAUGUCUCGUUUUAACCAUCUUUCUUAUGAUACUGAGGCUCAAACGGCAGAUAUUGGAGCCGGCCUUCGAUGGGACGCAGUGUACGAGUUCCUUAAUCCCAAGGGCAUCACGGUUCUCGGUGGUAGGACUUCCGGUGUAGGUGUGGCAGGUUUUAUUUUGGGUGGAGGGUUAUCUUGGAAGACAAAUCAAUAUGGAUGGACUCUGGAUACCGUCGUCGCAUACGAUCUCGUCCUCCCGAACGGGACGUUUGGCGGACUCAAUAACUUCGGUAUUGUUACCAAGUUUACAUUGAAAACCUACCCUCAGACAGACGUCUGGGGUGGCGUCGUGAUUGUCCCUGAAUCAGAACUUGAUUCUGCGUAUCGUGCGAUCGCUAAUUACGCUGCCAACAACACGGACCCGAAAGCCGUCAUGAAUGUCUUAUUCGAAUACUCUGCUGGCGCUCUGGUUGCCUAUACCAUCAUAUUCUACGACGCGCCUACGCCUCCCGACGGCAUCUUUGACGAGCUUUUGUCUAUUCCUAAUUGCCAAACUAGCAUCGCCACCAUGCCGUUCCUUUCCAUUUUGAAAGCGGGGACGCCCGUUGUAGAUACUAGGCGGUUGCAGAACGAGGCGCCGAUGGAGAAAUACACGGCUGAAAUGCUCAAGUCAAUUGCCAACGAAACCUUGUUCUGGGGUAAAGCCGUCGCGCCAUUUUCCGGCUCGCUUAUCCAGCACAUCGUCGAGAUCUUCCUGCCCUCGUACUACUCACACGGAACCGAAUCCGCCUUCCCACCGGACCGCGAGCACGUUGUCAUGCCGAUUAACCUCGUUGUUGCGUGGAGCGAUCCCUCCGCGGACGAAAAAAUGUAUCAGGCGAUGGUGCAGAGUGCAGCGUACCUUCGAGUCAAGGCGAUCGAGGAGGGUCAGGAUGUCGCGAACGUGGCGCUGUAUCCGAACGUCGCGGUAUAUGGCACCCCGCUCGAGGAUAUGUAUGGAAACAACCUGGAGAGGUUGAGAAAGAUUCGAGCGGUCUAUGACCCUACUAGGGUCAUGGAUCUGGCGGGAGGAUGGAAGUUCUGAUGCUGCUGGAUACCCGGAACGCCAGAGAUUUGUUACGAAGGAAGUUGUUUCUCUCGAACAUCUUGUAAUAUUCAAGAAGAUCCCACAGGCUAAGCAUAGUAGGAGCCGUAAUUGCGCUUGUCAGUAUCCAUGAAUUUUGGAAUACAGUUGCUGCAUGUC